GAUAUGACAGUUACCGUUAUCUAGUAUCUACCAAAAUAUCAAAUUGCCCAAGCGGCAAUCUCCAUUGACCUGUGGCGAAUCCGCGAAUGACGAUAUACAGUUUAUAAUUUUAUUUUUAAUAAUUUUAUUUUAAAUUGUUUUCGUUAAUCGAAAUCGUGACAUAGCUUGUCGAAAAUGAUAGUGUUGAGUACUGUAACAGUUGUUGGCCUAAUUAAACGUUUGUUCUAAAAUUGAGUUAUUUUACUUAUUUUUUUGUUAACUAUUGUAAAUAAGUAAUAAUAAAAUAUAUUUAAAAAACCAGAUCGUUUUAAACGGUACUCUUUGUGUACCUAUUAGAUAAAUUUAACAAUAAUAGUUAAAAUGAAAUUAAGUGUAUUUACUCUUAAUGUUUGGGGUUUGAAGUUUGUUGGAAAAAAUCGUUCAGCACGUAUUAAGGCACUAGCUGAUGCACUCUUGGGUAACAACUAUGACGUAAUUUGUCUGCAAGAGUUGUGGUGUGAAGAGGACUACAAAUAUUUGAAAGAAACAUGUAAAAAUAUAUUUAGGUGUAUACAUUACUUUCAUAGUGGAAUGUUGGGUUCAGGAAUGUGUAUUAUGUCUCGCUAUCCAGUCAUUGAUAUUCAUUACCAUCCAUAUCUUUUAAAUGGUUACUUACACAUGAUAUUCCAUGGUGACUGGUUUGGUGGAAAAGGCAUUGGUUUAUGUCGUAUUAAUGUUAAUGGCCUUAUUGUUGAUGUGUUUACUACUCAUUUACAUGCUUGUUAUGAUCCUUCUAAUGAUAAAUAUGAAAGACAUAGAAUUGUUCAAGCAUUUGAAGUGGCAAAUUUUGUACGAAUUACAUCAGUGGGUGCAGAUUUAUCAAUAUUAGCAGGAGAUUUGAACUGUGAACCGGGUGAUAUUUGUUACAAAUUAAUCCAGUUAGGUGCAAAUAUAAAGGAUUGUUAUUCAACGUGUAUGACAAAUGAAAUAGAGUAUACUUUUAAUCAUCCUCGAAACUCGUACAAGAACUCUAAAGAGCCAAAAAGUCGUUUAGACUUUAUACUAUAUAAAUCAAGUAAAAAUAAAUUGGUUCAUGUACGAGAGCACAGAUAUUCAUUACCAUCACGAGUCCCUGAUAAUGAUUUUAGUUAUUCUGAUCAUGAACCAAUUGAAGCAGUUUUUGAAAUAACUUCAAAGAUAUUGGAAUUGGAUGGUGAAAGUGAUAAUAACGAUAAAGAAUUAAAAUCAAGACAUGAACUUUUAAAUGUUAUUCAGCAUAGCCAAAACAAAUUCAAUGAUCAUUUAGUCAAUGAGCAAAUAUUUUCUUAUACGUUUUUCACAGUAUCACUUUUUAGUUUGUUGUUUGCUAUUUGUAUUUUAUGGUUUUUGCCAUUCGGAGAAACCAACAUUAUAUUUGUAUCAGUUGUUAUGGCUAUAUUUUUAUGUAUUUUUAUACUUACCUGUGUUUAUAUUCUGGUAAUUAAAUGUAUUGAGAAAAAUUGCAUUCGAGGAUCAUACAAUCAAAUGAAAACAGUAUUCAAUGAUCAUAUACCUUUUUAGUUUUUAGUCAAUUAAUACAGCUCUAAAUUAUUAUAUUUGUUAUUUU